AUGAAAAAUUCCAAAGCACUGUGGUGUGGAGUGGAUUCAAAUUCUCCUCUGCCUAAAGAUCCAAGAAGAGUUCAUUUCAUAUCAAAGUUUCUUUAUCUCAAAGGUCAAACUCAAAAGCUGAAAAAUUUCCAUCGUCAAUUAUUGUCUUUAAGUAAUGUUAUACUGACCCUAAUCGUGUCAACCGCCACGGAGUCGAUUCAGUUCGACGGCCGAGCUGUGUCGCUCGGCUCUGGGGCAUCUACAUUACAUGUCCCAACGUCACCAUCAACAUCACCGGCUCAAGCUCCGUCAACGACUUCGCCAACCGACAUCAAUUUGAAUGUGGUAAGGAGCUCAUCGCCAACCUCGCAAAGUUCUUCGCCAUCACGGUCACAAACACAAAUUGACACAAUUUCACCUUCAACAACAGAAAAACAAUCCACAGACGAUGGACCAGAUAUCAAAAGCAUAACACAAUUGCUACAACAAUCAGCACAACACAUAUUCAAAUCGCAAUUGGAUAUGCCACCGCCAACAUCCCCCACAACGGCACCAUCACCAAGAAAACGGAGACGAAAGCGUGAAGAUCCACAAUCCUGUCUCACAAACUCGGAGCAGGAAUACGAUUCUGACGAUGCCUCUCCAUCAUCAUACGCUGAAGUUGAGCGAUUUCAAGGCAAAGUUGUUUAUAAUUUAGAUGGUAAGGCAUACAUUAUAGAUGCCGACAACGAGCUAUCACUUCAACUGUCUGAUAGUAGUAUUAAAGAUGUAUCACAAUCAAACAAUCCAAAAAUUCAAUCAUUUCGUGUCAUUUCUUCGCGCGAUGCCACUAUGAACUCAUCUUCUUCCUCCCAGUCAUCGGUUGGUGCUUCGGCUUCAUUUACUGCCGAAGAUGCAUCACCAACUACGACACCAUCGCUUGAACAACAACAACAACAGCAGCAGCAUUCAGACGAGAAAAAUUUUGACAAAAAUGACAACAGCAGUCAGCAUCAACAACAACUUCAACGUCAACAGAAGCCGAUUCUCAUGUGUUUCAUUUGCAAGUUGAGUUUCGGAAAUAUUAAGUUGUUUUCAUCACAUGCUAACACUGAACAUAGAUUGAAUCUCAGUGAGUCAGAAAAGACGUUGCUGUGUCGCGAAUUAACGCCAAAAUCUUUGUCGUCACUUACCGGUCGCACAUCACCGCCCCCGCCACCCGCACUCAAUGUUCUUCAGCGUUUGACGGGUGGUGACUUUAAGUUCCUAAACACGUCAGCUGAUUUGUCACAGCUCACAAGUCUUCUUGAGCAGCACAAGUCACUGAACGAGUUCCUCGCACAACAACAACAACAUCAACAGCAACAACAACAUCAGCAACGUCUAGCGUGUCCCGAACAUGCAGACACACCUAAUCUCAACGACAUCGACUGCAAAAAUUGUGAAUUUUUAAACAUUAAUCAAUUAAAUUCACAACUCACCCUUAAAUCACCGAUCAAAGGUAGUUUCGGCCAACAUCAGACGGAAUCAAAUGCUUCAUCAACCUCAUCGAAGACAUCUUCACCGAUAACUUCUUCCGUCACACCAAACUCUGCUCUUCAACUUCACCAAAACCUUCAACAACAACAACAACAGCAACAAAAUAUAAAUACAUCUCCAAGUUUCACUAUCGGGGCUUGUCCCGAUCAUAUGAAUGGGCGACCCAUUGGAGUCGAUUGUGCAAGGUGUGAAAUUCUUCUAAACUCUGCACGUCUCAACAGUGGUGUUCAAAUAUCAACCAGAAACUCCUGCAAGACUCUUAAAUGUCCCCAAUGCAAUUGGCAUUACAAGUAUCAAGAGACAUUAGAAAUACAUAUGCGCGAAAAACAUCCAGAUGGUGAGAGUGCAUGUGGCUACUGUCUGGCUGGUGCUGCCCACCCACGCCUAGCACGUGGAGAGUCUUACACAUGUGGCUAUAAACCAUAUCGCUGUGAAAUUUGCAACUAUUCAACGACCACAAAAGGCAAUCUCUCUAUUCACAUGCAAAGUGAUAAGCAUUUGAAUAAUGUACAGGAACUGAGCAGUACACAGAACCUUAGCGUCGCACCACCGCCAGAAAUUCGCACAUCUCAACCACCUAGUCAAACAACUCCAGUAUCUGCCCCAUCAACACCACUGCCACAGCAAUGUAAACCAAAACCGAAGCCGAGUUUCCGCUGUGAGCCAUGUUCAUAUGAAACUCCAAAUGCGCGUAAUUAUCGUAUCCACGAAACAAGCGAAAAGCACACGCACAAUCUUGCUGUUGUUCAGUGCAAUAUCAAACGACUGCAAUCACAUAUGGAUUCAUUCCUUCAGCAGACUCAUUCUGGAGUCAAAGGUGGAAUGGCUCAAAUACCGUCAAUGGAACAACAAGCACAACAAAAUCCGGGCCAUUUACCUGGCGCUGCUUUGGCUGAUCUUGCUUACAAUCAAGCACUACUUAUUCAGCUUCUUCAUCAGAAUUCUGUUGGAUUAGGUAGCACAACUGGUCCCGCAUUCAUGUCACUAUUACAACAACAGCAGCAACAACAACAAGCGCAGACUAAUCAACAAAGUCAACUUCAUUAUCAACAAAUUAAUGGAACGAACAACCAAGAUAUUGAUCAAGGUUUGAAUCCUGACACUCUUGAGCCACCCUUCGAACAAGAUUUCAACCCAGUGUAUAAUUUCUCAUGUCUCAUUUGCUCAAAUUUCAAUACAAACGACCUCGAAGAGUUGAACAACCACAUCAAUGAGGAUCGAUCGAGACUGAGCUUCCCUCAGGAAUUUAUUGUGGUUCUGAAUAACAACAACUACACAUGUCGAUUAUGUUGUUACAAAACUCAUCUGAAGGCAAAUUGUCAACUUCAUUGUAAAACCGACAAACAUUUACAAAGAGUCAACUUCGCUAAUCACAUUAAGCAAGGCGGGCUAAGAAACGAAUAUAAAUUUGAUUACGUCAUUAACUCAACAACGACAAAUAACAAUUACAAUAUUACGCAAUUGAAGUGUAAUUGCUGCGAUUAUUACACAAAUUCUAUUCAGAAGCUUAAUUGUCAUAUCCAAAAUGUUCGCCAUGAAAGCAUGAAAAUAAAGUUUAAUCAUCUCGUACAAUUGUUUAAAGAAGUAAAGUUUGAAUCGAUUGAUGGUCAGGAUAUCAAUAAUAAAGCAUUGCAAUGUCAGCUGUGCAAUUUCAAGACAAACAGCAUACUUGACAUGGUAAAGCACAACAAAAGCUUACGUCAUAUUCAAAUCGAACAAAUUUACUGUCUUCAGAGGCGAUGUGAGAGUUUGGAGUCAAUGGAUAUUGGAGAUGUUUAUCAGCUUGUUGACGAUCUCGAUUCAUCUUGUUCUGAUUAUCAGAAAGAAGACGAAAAGCCAAAUCUUUCGCCAUCAUCACGAAACGCACCACAGAAUGCUAAAUCGACUCAAAAAAUACCGGAAAAUGAUGGAUUGUCAAUAAGGUCAUCGACACCAUUAGAUAUUCUUAAGAUGGUUCCAUUUGAACAGCUUCAGCAACUAGCUGCAACACUCCCACCAUCACAAACGAUUCUUAAGUGCAACCAGUGUGAUCAUUUGUGUGAAAAUAAAGUUGAAAUGGAACAGCAUUUCGAUCAAAAUCAUCCCAACAAUCCGGAUUGCAAUUCGAUUGUGCUUCCUUCGAUGGCAGCUUUAAUGGCUGCUGCACAAAUGAACUUUGAACCAAAGACAGAUCAGAUCAAAAGUGAUGACAAAUCAGAUGAUUUGACUGACAAAAUGCUCGAUGAUUCUGAUAAAUCAAAGCAAAAUUGUGACACCGAUGUAAUGACAAUUGAACCGGAUAUUGAUGGUGUCAUUAUUAAUAAUUCAUCUCGAUCUUCUUCCGCUGUCUCGAUGCUGGAAGGCGAUGAGAAAAUCUCCACAGGAGCAAUGCGAACAACACCACAAAACCAGCAAAUGCAGAAGUCUUCACCUUUCUCAACUUCGUCAGUUACUGCUGAUGAAUAUAGCAUCAUGUGUCCACUUUGUCAAGAAUCAUUUGUUGAAAGAAAAGCUUUGGAACAACAUGUCAUGUGCAUCCAUAGUGUCAAUGCUGAUGGUCUCAAUCGACUGCUUCAGCUUGUUGACACGAGUCAUUGGCUCAACAACAAGAAAAGUCCAGAAAGAAGCGCUUCAACUGGUGCCGUCUCGAAUGGGGAUUUUGAAUGUUUAGUUUGUUCCGACACACUUAAGAACAUGAACGAUCUACUGAUGCACGCAACUGACCACCAACAUUUUUCCAUUACUGGUCUAAAUCAAUUCAGUUGCUUGUUGAAAUCGUGUCAUCAAAGAUUCUCAAAUGAACAACAAGUUCAACAACAUUUCCGUUCUGCACAUCUCAAUAUCGUGAUUAGCGAACGACAUGUUUAUAAAUAUCGAUGUCCAAUGUGUCCACUUGCAUUUAAAACUGAAGAGAAGCUUAACAAUCACUUCAUGUAUCAUACAAUGAGAGACGCAACAAAAUGCAAUAUUUGUAAUCGUAAUUUUCGCUCAACAACAUCUCUUCAACGUCAUAUCGAACAAGUUCAUUCAACACCUGCUCAAGACUUAAAUAAGUCAACCGAUCUAACUGAUGAUGAAAGAAUGCAAACGCCACAUGAUGAAGCUUUAUCAAAUGAUGACGAUCAAGAAGAGUACGAUGGUCAAAAUAGUGAAAAUAUUAACGAAGAGUCGAAUGCGAAGAGAUUUAAAGCAAUGAAGCGGAAUGAGAAGAUAACAAAUUACUCAUUGGAGAAAUAUCACGAUCCGAAUCGACCGUAUAAAUGUGAAGAUUGCUUUGAAAGCUUCACACAAGCCAACAUUUUAACAGUCCACAAGAAUAGCGUUUCGCAUUUACAUCGUGUAAAGCAAAAGCAAAAAGAGACACACAGUGGAAGUUCAACUCCCGCUUUAGCCACGUCGCCAAAUCAACUUGGCGACUUUGAUCGACGAUCUGUUGAUUUCGAUAAGAAAUCGAUUGAUUACGAGAUGGAAAUUUCAAACACAACUGGAGAUUCAAAUAAGCGGAAAUUAUCAUCAGACAAUGAUUAUGACAGUCCGAAGAAACGUUUCAAAUGUGACAUUUGUAAAGUUGCUUAUGCUCAAGGAUCUACUCUUGACAUUCAUAUGAGAAGUGUUGGUCAUCAGGCAAAGGCCAAUCGCAUCAUGCAGCAACAGUUGCAACAAGGUUCGUCGACAUCAACGACAGCAAAUUCUCAGGAUCUCUUGCAACAAGCACAAGUGACGGUGAACAACGGAAACAGUUCUCCAAACCUUGCCAAUAAUCAAAUGUACAAAACGUUGCUAGAAAACUUUGGUUUUGAUAUUGUUAAGCAAUUCAACGAUAUUAAUAAGUUGGGACAACAGAAUGAUUUGUUGAACUUGGGUGCAGCUGUAGGGAAAGUUCCGCAAAUCACACCGAAUUUGUUAUCAAAGAAGAAUGGAAAUAAUGAUGAAAAGAAGGAUGAAAAGAAGGAUGAAAAGUUUUUCUGUCGUCACUGCAAACAAGGCUUCAAUAAUGUGUUUGCAUUGAAGACUCAUUGUGAAGAAGCUCAUGGUGAGAAAAUUCCACUUGAGAUGCUGGAGAAAGAACAAGAAAGUGAAGUUCUCGAUUUCUCACAAACAAAGUCAAGUGCUGACAGUGAACAUCCUGAAAACAUGCCAAUGGUCGAUCCAAUGAAACUUUUCAAUCCUGAAUUACUUCAGCAAAAAAUGAACGAACAAAAGUUUGACCCUGCAAUGCUUGCACAAAGAUUGAUGGAGCAACAAUUUCUCGCACAAUUUCCUCAAAUUUCUCAGAGUUUGCAGAAUCUAACGACGGGAAAUUUACCGAUGAAUACUCUUGAGAUGCUUAAUUUGAUGCAAUUUCAUCACUUUAUUCAGAAAAGGGCAAGAACACGCAUCACUGAUGAACAGUUGAAGAUUUUGAGAUCACAUUUUGAUAUCAACAACUCGCCGAGUGAAGAAAGCAUUCAGGAGAUGUCGAAGAAAGCUAAUUUGCCACAAAAGGUCGUUAAACAUUGGUUCCGUAACACACUGUUCAAGGAACGCCAACGCAAUAAAGAUUCACCUUACAACUUUGCAAAUCCACCGUCGACAACUUUGAAUCUCGAAGAAUAUGAGCGAACUGGAACCGCAAAAGUGACUGCACUGUCUGAAAGCAAAGCUCAGAAUACAACAACAAGUCAAUCUAAUUUACUGAUGAACAAUUUACAACAUCAGCAAAAACUCGAACAACAAAAACUUCAAGAACAGCAACAGCAGUUUUUUCAACAACAAGCCCAACAAGCGUUUAAUUUAAGUCAACAAUCUCAGCAGAAUUUUCCCGAUUUACGUCCAAUCUCUCAACCAUCGAGUACCACAAGUAAUGAACGUGACGAGUCAUUUAUUAAGUCAGAGCCGAUGGAUGAAAUGAUGAGCGAAAUGGACGGUAAAAAUGAAGGAAUGGAAUAUGAGAUGGAACGCUAUCGUCAACAACAGGCGCAGAAUUUCUUUCUGAACAGCUAUGAAACGAAAUCUGAAAGUGGUAGCUCUGACAUUUUAUCUCGACCUCAAACACCAAACAGUCUCUAUAACAACAUCAACGACGUCAUUAAUCAGCAAAUUGAAAGUAUUCCAAUCAAUAACAUCACUGGUGGUUCGAACAUGAAUCAGAUGGGACCACCAAAGAAGUUUCAACUGAAUAAAAUAUUUGACAAAAGUUAUGAGUCUAAUUCGAGCUCAUCAAAUUCGUCAACAUCGAGUGGAAAGCGAGCAAAUCGUACACGUUUCACGGAUUACCAGAUAAAAGUUCUACAAGAGUUUUUCGAGAAUAAUUCUUAUCCAAAAGACAGUGACUUGGAGUAUUUGAGUAAACUUUUGCUUUUGUCGCCAAGAGUCAUUGUCGUCUGGUUCCAGAAUGCUCGUCAAAAGCAACGAAAGAUCUACGAGAAUCAGCCAAACAGCACAAACACGCCAUAUGAUGCCACCGAAGAGAAGAAAUCAGCGAUAAAUUACACGUGUAAGAAAUGCAAUUUAAUAUUCCAACGAUAUUAUGAACUCAUUCGACAUCAAAAGAACCAUUGUUUCAAAGAAGAAAAUAACAAAAAGUCAGCGAAAGCUCAAAUCGCUGCCGCCCAAAUAGCUCAGAGCUUGAGCAGCGAAGACUCUAACUCAAGCUUAGAAAUAAAUCACGCCAGUAAUCUAUUAGGUAAUAAUUUACUUCAUCCAGUUACUUCAACAUCAAAAUCCCAACAAAAUCUCGCGCAAAGUCUCGAUGCGGUGGCGACGUCCAAAACGCCGCCAAUAGCCGCGACAAAAAUGAAUUUGAAUCAUCCGGUUAAUCUCAUUACGACCUCAUCCGGUACACAUCCCAAUAUUAUGUACCAGCCGUUGGAUUUCCACCAACAAUCAGCUCCCAGCUUGCUCUGUCACAACAACCAACAAGCGUUCGAAGUGGGUCCACAUCCGGAAUCACACCAGAACUUUAAAGCAAAUAAUGAGGUCGAACAACAGCAACAACAACAUCAGCAACAACAACAGGGAAAUCUUCUAGGGAAUUCAGCACCACAAGGAAUAAUUAAUCAUAAUCAUUUACAACCACAAUCCUACAAUGCUGACCAAAUGCAAGAAUUUCUUUUGCAAAAAUUCUCUACACAAGAUUUCGAAUUACUUACGAAGAAUUAUGACUUCUUUCUACAAUACUACAAAGCAAAUUGUCCAACCGAUCAGCAAAUGGAUGAGAAGCACUUGACGAUGGAUUUCUUGAGUCAGUUUUAUCAUUUGAAUGAGUUUAAAAAGAAAUUGAAUGGAAGCCAAAUGGAAGCAGAUGACAACACAAGUGUCGACGACCUUCAUAACGACAACGAAGACGUCAUGAAUUUAGAAGAGAAAGACGAAACAGAUUUUAAUCAUCAAGGACAACAAUCAGAUGUUUUAAAAGACAAGCUGGGCAUAAGCAGUUAUAACAGCAACAAAAGACUGCGCACAACAAUCCUUCCUGAACAAUUAAAUUAUCUUUAUGAAUGUUAUCAAAAGGAAUCAAAUCCAAGUCGAAAGCAAUUGGAGGAAAUUUCAAAAAAAGUUAAUUUAAAGAAGCGUGUUGUUCAAGUUUGGUAUCAAAACUCUCGAGCUCGUGAAAGGAAAGGACAAUUCCGUCAGAAUAUGCAAAUCAUUAACAAGAAAUGUCCUUACUGCAGUGCAAUCUUCAAAGUUAAAUCAGCUCUCGAAUCACAUUUACAAACGAAACAUGUUGACAAGCAAAUGGUCAACAUUGACGCAAUUCCAGAAAUAAAUUUCGUUUCAAAGGAAGUGCAUUUUGGAAUUCAAAUUCCAAGCUUGCCCGAUAUAAGUAAUGUCAAUAAUAUCGGUGGACAUCACAUGAGUACAGACUUUUGGAAGACAAAACCAAUGCAACAACCACAAACGUCACAAUUCUUCAGUGGUUUGAAACGAAUCAGUGAAUUCAGUGAAAGUGAAAUUAGCUUUACUGACUCAAACAACGAAGAGUUGGCUGAUGAAGACUAUGAUAUGGAUAACUUUAAUGACGACAGUAAUCAUAUCGAAGACUUUCAAAAUGCAGCAACUCAACUUGGUGGCGAAAGUAGCAAAUCUAAGCGGCAUCGUACACAUGUCAAUCGUGUACAGAAAAGUAUUUUGCGAAAGAUUUUCGAUGAUGUCAAAUCACCUUCAAUGAUUGACUGCGAAAAUAUCGGACGUGAAAUUGGACUUUUUAAAAGAGUCGUGCAGGUUUGGUUCCAAAAUGCACGUGCGAACUACAAAAAAUGUCACAAAUUGUCGACAAAUGAGUUGAAACAUCUCCCAGAACGAAAUCCUUCGGAACCGUGCCAGUAUUGUCCCGACUAUAAUCCGUUAAUAUCGAAGACCUUUAUGUCUCAUGCUCUCUCGCCUCAUCACAUUCAAAACGUCCAUAGUUACGUGAUGAAGAAUGAAUCACAUCCAGAAGAAGAUGAAGACGAUGACUGUCAAGAAGUUGACGUUAAAUUGCCGGCACACGAACAGACAAAAUUUCUAACAUAUGAGCGAGAUAUUGGCGGUGAAAACCGCGAUGAAAAUUUUCAGACGUAUACGAAUUGUCAUCCACAAAAGUCCCUGCUUGUUGGGGACAUCCACUGGAUUCAAUAAGUGAAAAGUACAAUGAUCUUGUUGUAGAGUUGACUCGACAUUUAAUCCCCGCAAUUAAUCAGAAUAUUAAUGGAGUUCAAUAAAUAUUCUGGAAGAAAUCGAUUGAAACAAAUCAUAUGAACAAAUGAAACUACCUACUUACAUAUAUACUGGAACUAAGAUGAAAUAAAACUGUUGAGAAGAGAUAAAUAAAAAAUUUCAUAAAACUAUAAAAAUGAAUCAAAAACAUCAAAUUUCGGUGAAGAGAAUCAUAAAAUGUGAAGCGUACAAAGCUAGGUGAUUUAAAAGGACAACAUAAUGCUACACAUCAUGCUUCAAUGCAGUCAACUGAUGUUGUAAAAAAAUUAUAAAAAAGAAGAAGAAACAAAAUAAACUAUCCUUAAAAUAAAUUAAAAAAACA